AUGUACGAGAUUAUGACGGCAUUCAAUCUCGACCCGGAGCAGAACUGGAGUGAAGGCGCGCCGUGCUCCGACGACGGCACGGGCAGCGGCUUUAAGGGCGUGAUCUGCGACUCCAACGGCAACCCUCGUGCCAUGAUACCCACGCUCGGCAACUCCCUCGUGGGCCUCAGAUCCCUCCCCACCGCCUUCGCCCGCCUCACCACACUCACCAGAUUAGUGCUCAUCAUGGGACUCAUUAACACAAGACUAGACGACUUCGCCAGACCCCUCUCCUGUUUGCCUAACCUAAGACAUUUAGUGUUGGAUGGGAACUCCUUCUAUGGGCCCGUCCCACCUUACCUCAUUAACUCACCCACUCUAACUGACCUCUCAUUACAGGGCAACAAGCUAACGGGCACAAUAAGGAAAAUCGGACCCAAGCUCACAGCGCUCUUCCUCUCAGUCAACUUCCUCACCGGCCCCCUCCCACCCGCUGCCCGCCGCCUGCGCGUCUGCAACGCCGCCAUGAACUGCCUCUCGCGCACCUCCGGCUGUAACGGGGUAACCGGGUUUCCACGCCGCCAGCGCACCAUCGGAUGCCGGCGGAACCCCUGUGCCAAGCGGAAGUUGCUCAACUCGUUUCAGUGCAAGUGGGCCAAGUCGUGUAUUCCUCAGUAUGGAGAUUGGCCGCCGUGGGAGGUUGAUGCGCUGUCGAACCCGCCUGAUAAGGGUUGGAAGUGCAACUCUUGCCCCACCGGAACUUACGCGACGAGAAGAAGAUGCGUUCCGUGCUCCAAACCAUUGAUAAAACCAUUCUCCGCCCUUCUCCCACGGCGGAAGCAUGCAUCGCCCAAUCACGCGCCUCUUAAGCUGCGCGCACCGCUCGUGCUAAGAGCUUCCGCAACCUCCUCGCAGCGCGAGCCGCCAGAGGGCAGCGACUCGCGGCCGCCGCCGCCGCCAAUGAAAGUGAUGAGCCGAUCCGCGAAGAACGUCCGACGCAUGAUGUCCGCCGCGUCCCCGCCCGCCCUCGGGCAGUUCCGCCCGCCCCCGCUGCCCAUCCCAGGCGCGCCGAUGUUCCCCAUGGGGGCACCUGGGGGAGAAGAUUCGGGGGAAGCGGAGGAGGGGAGGCGGAAGGAGAGGGAGCGGAGGGAGGAGCUGAUCGCGGCAGUGAGAGAGGGGUGUGGCUCCUGGCAGGAGGUCGCUGCUGCUAUCAGGCAGCUACAGCAGGCGGGCAUGACGGCAGAGGAGGUGGCGGAUGUGGCAAUGCUGGCGCAUGGCCAAGUGACCGUGCUUGUCGUCGCUGCUCAGGUGUAUGAGUCGCUGCUGCCAGGCGCACAGGAGGUUGAGGGAGACGGGCCCGACAGCAGCUUUGACGUGGCGGUAGCGUUUCACGCAGAGCAGAGCGCAGAGCUGCUCUAUGAGCUGCGCACGCUGCCCACGGCCGGCCGACGGCAAGCAGCAGCCUAUGUGGCCCAGCAAGGGCUGGAUGCAGGGGGUGUGAGAGAGCUGGUGCGCGCCAUGAGGGACCAUGCCAGGCGAUCCAACUCCAGAGAGGGCUUCUCCUCAGCGCCUGGGGACUGCCUGGCGUUCAUGUGCUACCGAGCAGCAGGGGAGAGCAGCGGGGAGGAGCGGCGGGAGUGGGUGGAGAGAGGCUUGGCAGCUGCCGUGAGUGAGAGUGCACGGGCAAGACUGCGAGAGCUGCAGUAG